AUGAAAAUACACGAGUUCCAGGCCAAGGAAAUCUUCGCCCGCUACGGCAUUCCGGUGCCCCAGGGUACAAUCGCCGCCAGCGCCGAUGAGGCGCGCGCCGCAACCGAACACUUCGGCGGCCGGGCCGUCGUCAAGGCCCAGGUCCACGCCGGCGGUCGGGGACAGGCUGGGGGCGUCAAAGUGGCCCAGUCCUCAGAUGAAGCCGCGAGUACCGCUGCCGCCAUGCUCUCCACCAGCCUCGUAACCAAGCAGACCGGACCCGAAGGGGUGCCUGUGAACCAGUCCUGA